UGUGCGAAAGGUGUCCGAACUGACAAUGCUGGAAGAGAUACCGCGGCCGGACUGAGAAUCGCAGAGGGAAAGAGAAAAAAGUGGGCAAAAGAGAAGAGAGACAAGAGGGAGGAAAAAGAUCGUUAAUAAACAAAGAGAGAGAGAAAAAAUAAAACAAAAAUUACGCUCGAGUAGACCCCGCACGCGCGCCGACACACGACGGGCAUCAUGAGGUCCAAGAGCAGGGCACGGAAGCUGGCCACGGGUGAUGAAGGUGACUUCCCGCUUUUCCCAUCUGAUGUCCUGGAGGAACUUGGGGGUGUGUCUGAUGGAGAUCCCAUCCCACUGGUCACCGGUAAUAACCUUCCGUCUCCAAACCGGCUGACUGAGGGCGACUCCCCCGCCGAGCCUUCCAACUUCAGCACCUCCUUCCACACACCUGUGUGGAAGGAGGAACCAUCAGCACCCCCAGACUUUGAACUGCGUGAAUCAGGCGUUUCCCCUGGAAACAUGGGCGUCUGGAGCAGAAGGAGGCUGGAGGUCGGUGAGAAGUUUGGACCCUAUGAGGGGACGCCAAAUCAUGGUGGGCCACAUCAUGCCUAUGGCUGUGAGAAGACUGGUUUUGAUGGGUGUGUGUGUGAUAGCAGGAACUGGCUAAGACACGUCCAGAUAUCGCCAUCCUCGCACCAGUACAACCUCACAGCCUAUCCGAUACAUGAGCAGAUAUUUUAUAGUGUGGUUCGCGAGGUUCAUCCUGGUGAAGAACUCACACUCUUCAUGAAGGCUGAGGAGUUUUCCUGUGACACGAUGCCUCCAGAUAUCCAUGAGGAGCGUGAGUUUCGCUGUGAGGACUGUGAGCAGCACUUCUCCUCGGGGCCAGAGCUGAUAGAGCAUCAGAAGGAGUCCUGUUCCUCCCGGCUCCACUCACACUUCAUCCUGCCCGAACAGGACGUCCCGCUCAGUGACGGAGAAAACACAGAGCUUCACCCACUCCUGCUGCACCCGCCAGACUCCCCACAGGAGUGCAAAGAGUGUGAGCAAGUAUUUCCUGACACUCAGAGUCUGGAGGCUCACUCUCUCUCUCACUCUGAGGAGCGGGAGUAUAAGUGUGACCAGUGCCCCAAGGCCUUCAACUGGAAGUCCAACUUGAUUCGUCAUCAGAUGUCACAUGACAGCGGGAAGCAUUAUGAAUGUGAAAACUGCUCAAAGCAGGUGUUUACAGACCCCAGUAACUUGCAGAGGCACAUCCGUUCCCAGCACGUUGGCGCCCGGGCACACGCCUGCCCCGACUGCGGCAAAACGUUCGCCACCUCGUCCGGCCUCAAACAGCACAAACACAUCCACUCCUCUGUCAAGCCCUUCAUAUGUAAGUCUCUCACCUCCUUCAUAUGUGAGGUUUGCCACAAGUCCUACACCCAGUUCUCAAACCUGUGCAGGCACAAACGCAUGCAUGCAGACUGCCGGACGCAGAUCAAGUGUAAGGACUGUGGCCAGAUGUUUAGCACCACCUCUUCACUCAACAAGCACCGGCGUUUCUGCGAGGGGAAAAAUCAUUUUGCUGCCGCUGGGGGACUUUUUGGGCCAGCCAUUACUCUGCCUGGUGGCCCCGGGCUGGACAAGUCUGCUUUGGCCGGGAUUGGACCCGGAUCAGCUGGUCUGGCGGACUAUUUUGGAGGCAACCGGCAUCACAAUGGACUGACGUUUCCGGCUGCCCCACCAGCGUUCCCAUUCGGUUUUCCAGGACUCUUUCCAUCUGGACUGUACCAUCGGCCCGCAAUCAUGCCAGCCUCUUCACCGGUAAAGAGUCUGCCAGGAGCAGACCUUCAGAAGAGUCCCUUAUCCUUACCUGGAAUGCAAGAGUCCCAUGAGUUUCUGAAAAGCUUCCACAAGCACUCCUUAAAUGGUGAAGCAGAAGAAGAGGUGGAGCGUCAGGGAGAAGGUCAUGCCCACAAGCCCAAGAUAAGUGACCAGUCUGAGAGCAGCGACCUGGAUGAUGUCAGUACCCCCAGUGGAAGUGAGCUGGAGAGUACCUCUGGGUCAGAACUGGACAGCGAUGCAGAGAGUGACCGGGAACGUGAUCGAGACAGGGUGAAGGAAAACAUGAAAGGGCCCAAGAGGAAGCCUGGCAGUUCUAACAUUGACCAAAGGCCCAGCCUCAUCAGCAGUUCAAGCAGCAGCAAUGCCACUAACGGUAGUGGGGCCAGCAUGCCUCCACAGGGGCUUUUCUCUCCACCUCUAGAUGAAAACACUGCAGUGUCCGGAGCCGUCAACGACUCUAUCAAAGCCAUCGCCUCUAUUGCAGAGAAAUACUUUGGAUCUACGGGCUUGGCUAACCUACAUGAUAAAAAAGGGGGUGCUCUGCCAUACCCUUCCAUGUUUCCACUGUCUUUCUUUCCUGCUUUCUCACCACCAGUCUACGCAUUCCAUGAGGGAGAGCCACUGAGACCUCCAGCCCACAAGGAGGAGCCAGGUAGCUCACCAGUAGAGACCAAGAGACCACAGGGCAGGACCACCGAGUCACCCUUUGACCUCACCACCAAGCGCAAAGAGGAACGCCUGGCUCCAACAUGUGUUUCCUCAAAGCCUGAGGCGUCACUUGUACGCUCAGCCAAUCAGGACCAGCCACUGGACCUGAGUCUGGGUGGGCGGAGCCGAGGAACAUGCAUCAGAGGCAAGGAGUCACGGAAGAACCAUGUAUUUGGAGGGGAAGGGUUUGAGGCAGAGCUUCCUAAAGGAGACCCCUCCCUCCAGCAUGCAAGACCCACCCCCUUCUUCAUGGACCCCAUCUACAGCAGGGUUGAAAAGAGGAAAGCCAGUGAUCCGUUUGAGAUGCUGAAGGAAAAAUAUAUGCGUCCUGCGCCAGGCUUCCUCUUCCACCCACAGUUCCGCAUGCCUGAUCAAAGAACUUGGAUGUCAGCUAUAGAGAACAUGGCGGAGAAGUUGGAAUCGUUUGGGUCGUUAAAGUCUGAUGCUGGUGACAUUAUGCGAUCUGUUCCCUCCAUGUUUGACUUCCGAGCUCCACCAACCACACUGCCUGAAACACUGCUGCGCAAGGGUAAAGAGCGCUACACCUGCAGAUACUGUGGAAAAAUAUUCCCACGCUCAGCCAACCUCACACGCCAUCUCAGAACACACACAGGAGAACAGCCGUACAGGUGUAAAUAUUGUGAUCGCUCGUUUAGCAUUUCCUCCAACCUGCAGCGCCACAUCCGUAACAUUCACAACAAAGAAAAACCCUUCAAAUGCCACCUGUGUGACCGCUGCUUUGGCCAACAGACCAACCUGGACCGACACCUUAAGAAACACGAGAAUGGCACAGCGAUGUCAUCACCACAGUCGGAGCUGGACAGCAGCAGUGCCAUCCUGGACGAUAAGGAGGACUCCUACUUUAACGAAAUCCGCAACUUUAUCACCAACAGCAGCCAGACUGCCACCUCACCUCCGCACUCUGAUGAAGGGUUAAACGACAGUCACUUUGAGGCCGAUAAAGCUGCAGUCAUCCAGAAGUCACACCAGGAUGAGGAGGAAGGGGAGGAGCGUGGGACAGAGGAAGAGGAGGUGGAACAUAGUGAUGCUGCCGGGAAACCCACUAAGAAGGCUACAUCCAGUAACAUUGAGGACGAUGUCAGCGGUGACCUGGACUUUGACGGACCAACCGAUUUGGACCUGAACUGCAAAUCCUCACCACAGAGGUUUGAUGAUGAAGAGGAGGAUGAAGAACACAGUGGUUUCUCCACGCUGGAUCACAUCCGGCGCUUUAGCAUGGAUGAAGCAGAGCUCAGUGACGUCGAUGUUGGAGGCUUUGACUCCACCCACCUGCAGGAGACCAUUAAGCAGCCACUGUACAGGAAGUCUAAAUCACAGGCAUAUGCAAUGAUGCUCUCUCUGGCUGAUAAAGAUCCUCUGCCUCCGUCUCCUCAUGCUGGCUCUGUGUGGCACACACUCGGUCGUGCAGCUGAAUCUAAUGCCAUCCAGUCUCUCAGUCAUGUAUGAUGUCCUCCUCCCUAUGACGUGACCUCCCCAACCACAGGCACUAGGACUGAAACUGGCCUGCACUGGGACACGCAGAAACUACGUCACUGUACAUCACUGUACAUCACCGAGUGCAGUGUUUCUUUAUUUUAAACACAAUUGUAUGGGUCGCUGGUCCAAACACACACAGACACACACAGAGUAUAAAACACUAUUUCUCAUGUAACCUGAUGAAUUAUUGAUUGCCUGGUUGAUCUUAUUUGAAUGAAUGAACUGUAAUGGUGGUAAUUUACAAAUAACGGAUAUGGUAAUGAUGAGUGAGCGUGAUGCUGUUAGUAUUAAUAACAGCUGUAUUUAUUCCGUCCAGUUUCUGUUUUGCACAGCAAUGGCAGCUGAUGAUGACUGGAAGAAAAGGUUGAUAUGGUAAUCAUGACAACACAUCCUUAGACAUUCAGUUUUUAGAAUGAGCUAAAAUGCGUAUUUAAUACCCCGCUUCCUAAACAUUACAGACACAACAACAUGUGAAAAAAAAUCAUAAAUUGUUUGUUGUAAAUGAUCUAAAAUUACUCAGAGUCUUUGAAACAUUGAGAUGUGUUAAAAUGUUAUAAUUUGGUAUUUACAGCAUUUUGUUACAACAGAGACAUCCUAUCACACACAGUUUUGUCCAUCUCUCACACACACACAUUCACACACUCACAGACCUCCAGUCUUUUAUUCGUGGUUUAUUUGUGUUUUGCUGUUUCUCUUGGUGCAGGUAUUACCCCUGCAUUGCUACAGGAUUCUGGGUGAUCAUGUAUUUAUGCAAACUGGGGCCCACUGUUUGAUGAACGUUGAUGUUUGAUAAACUGCGAUUGGUCCAAACUGGCAAACAUGAAUACAAUAUGACAGCUGUCAUUUAAGUUAAGUUAUUAAUCUUAUUACUACAUUUUUGUAAUGUCAUCAAAGGUGCUGGAUUUCUAUAGUUUUUCCGAAAUUCACAUACUUUAUUCUUUCAUUCUGAUCUACAGAGACUUAAACAAAACCUCCUCACAGCUAAUACUAACACAGAGCCCUGACCACACGCUGCAGUACAGUGUUCAACAUUUUGCUCCAUAAUUUUGACACCGGGGCAUAUAGACAUUAAUCAGGGUUCUGUUAGUUGCUGGAUCUUACCAAAACAAAACUUCACAAAAACACAAAAUUGGGCCAUUAAUAAUUAGCAAAAACCCUACUAAUUAUUCAACAUUAUCAAAACAUACUGAUGCGUGUAAACAUGUCAGGCAGUUGUUAAGGAUAGUUGUCUUGUACUAAAAAUGACUGUAACUGUUUAAAUGAAACCUGGUGAAAAUGUUUUAAAAGAUAAAUAGUUAAAGUAAAUCAGGCAAAAAUAUUGUGGAUAUAAAAUCUGAUAGAGAAAUUUAGGAAACGAAAAUACUCUGUCUGUUUUUCAUAAAAUGUAUUUAUUUAUGUCAGUUGUGUAAAAAAAAGCACUUAUCAAGAUUAGAAUUUUAGCAUUUUGAAAUUAAAAUAUGUGUCGAGUGCAGGUAAUUGAUCAUUAAAAACUGUAUUAUUCUUGAUUACCAUAUGCAUUAAUUAAUAUAAACAAAUAAAUGUAGUGCUAUUGAGAGGGCACUGCAACACACAAACAAUGGAAAAUGUCACCUGUAUAAAUAACAGGUUUAAAAAUAACUUAAAGUCAUUUUAGGAAGUCCAGCAGUUUACAUUAUUGGUAUUUUGUAACAGCGCAGCAUACUGAGGUGAGCAGUUUAUUCUCUUCAUAAACUUCUAAACAUGCUACAACACUUUUUUGUUGGUGAAAAAAGGCCAUAUACUGGUGCAUUAUGGCCCAUUAGCUUUGUUAGUGCUUGGACCCCUUGCAUUACUGCCUACAGCUGUGUUUAUCCAUGAUAUGCUGGAUGCAGAGUUUAGACGCAGAUCCAGACUCUAAACGCUAAAUAUUUCAGUCUGGGAUCCAGUGUUUCUGAUGUAAUUGCUGUUAUUCGUUCUACAGAGUUAUAAUCUGUAACUGACAACUUGCCUUUUUUCGUUAGUUUUACUGAACUGAGACCGUAACAAUAAAAAAACACAUAUUAUAAAAAAGAGAGCGUGACUGUUCUCCAAUUCCAUCCAAUAAAAGCACUGCAUUUGUAGCCUAAUCUCAAACCCGCCCCUUGCGCUGUCCGAUAGCAGCAACAAUGUCUUCUGUAUUAUAGGAAUGUGUGUUUUUGUUUGAAAAAUAUAAAAUACUUUUUCCUUCUUUGAUUUAAACUGAGAAAAUGAACUAGCAGAAAAGAUAUCUGUAGAGUUUGAGUGGAAGGGCAUUCUUCUUUAGCUGGCCAACAAUACCACUAAAUAGCCUGUAUACUAGAUGCUAGCUAUUCUAGUCUUGUGUGUCUUUCAUUUCUAGACAAUCAUGGGUUCAUCGUUUUUGUUUUUGUUUUUUGUCUGUUUUGGUUCUUGUUUAUUCUCAGUUGGUGUUGUCGAUGUUAUUGCUGUAUAUGUUGAAAGGUGUAUUUAUUUCUUGGCGAAACUGUAGUUUGUUUACUGACUAGCACUGCUCUCAGCUCCCGUUUUGGUGAAAAGGGGGCGUGGCUCCUCUGCUGGAGUCUGUAGAAUACAGUAUGGCUGCGUGCCAGAUAGUAUUAAAAAUUCAUCCCAUCUUAUACUUCUAUAGUUAUUACUUAGUUUUUUUGUAUGACAUUAUUGUUUCAAAUGUAAAAUAUAAAAAAUGGAGGGAAUGGUGUUAAAAAGGAAAGAAUAAAAACAGCUGAGAAUAUUUCUUCAUAAAAAAUGCAUGAUUGGUCUGGCUUCGAAUCGAACCUGACAUUUUCUACGAUUGUCUGCAAAAGCUUGUUUGAUGUUUGGGUCCCUGUUGAGUCAUUGUGCCAAAUGUAUAAUAAGUAACAGAUUUCUGUUCAUUGAUUUUUACACACUGAAUGAAAAUCUUUCCUCUGUUGGUUUUGUUUGGAUCUGUUUGCUGUCCUUGUUUAUAAUCCCAUUUUAAGAGUAAUUGGCAAGUCGAGGUACUUUGCUUUCUAUGAUGUAACUGUAAUGCAUUUGGAUUCAGUAAUGUGGGUGGAGUAAAUAAGAAAUAAAGGACUCCAGUGUAGACCUGUGCACUUUUCCCUCUCA